AUGGGCGAGGUCACGGCGGAGGAGGUGGAGAAAUUCCUGGACUCGAACAUUGGCUUUGCCAAACAAUACUGCAACCACCGCUACAGGGCCCAGGUGCUCUCGGACCUCCUGGGGGCCAAGGAGGCAGCCGUGGACUUCAGCAGCUACCACGCGCUGAGCAGCGUGGAGGAGAGCGAGGUCAUCUUCGACCUGCUGCGAGACUUUCAGGAGAACCUGCAGGCCGAGAAAUGCACCUUCAACGUCAUGAAGAAGCUGUGCUUCCUCCUGCAGGCAGACCGCAUGAGCCUGUUCAUGUACAGGACCCGCAACGGCGUGGCGGAGCUGGCCACGCGGCUCUUCAACGUGCACAAGGACGCCGCCCUGGAGGACUGUCUGGUGGUGCCCGACUCCGAGAUCGUCUUCCCCCUGGACAUGGGUGUCGUGGGCCACGUCGCGCACUCUAAAAAGCUGGCCAAUGUCCCCAACACAGAAGAGGAUGAGCAUUUCUGUGACUUUGUGGACAACCUCACGGAGUACCAGACCAAGAACAUCUUGGCGUCCCCCAUAAUGAACGGGAAGGAUGUGGUGGCCGUCAUCAUGGCCGUGAACAAAGUGGAUGGAACCCACUUCAGCAAGAGAGAUGAAGAGAUUCUUCUCAAGUACCUCAACUUCGCCAAUCUAAUCAUGAAGGUGUUCCACCUGAGCUACCUGCACAACUGCGAGACCCGACGUGGCCAGAUAUUGCUGUGGUCUGGGAGCAAAGUCUUUGAAGAGCUUACGGACAUUGAGAGACAGUUCCACAAAGCCCUGUACACGGUGCGCGCCUUCCUCAACUGUGACAGAUACUCCGUGGGUCUCUUGGACAUGACCAAGCAGAAGGAAUUUUUUGAUGUGUGGCCAGUUCUGAUGGGCGAGGUUCCACCCUACUCUGGUCCGAGGACUCCGGAUGGAAGGGAAAUUAAUUUCUACAAGGUCAUUGACUAUAUCUUACAUGGCAAGGAAGACAUCAAAGUGAUCCCGAACCCCCCUCCGGACCACUGGGCUUUAGUAAGCGGUCUCCCCACUUACGUGGCCCAAAAUGGCCUGAUUUGUAACAUCAUGAACGCGCCCGCGGAGGACUUCUUUGCAUUUCAGAAAGAGCCCCUGGAUGAGUCUGGAUGGACGAUUAAAAACGUCCUCUCUAUGCCGAUUGUCAACAAGAAGGAGGAGAUUGUUGGGGUGGCCACAUUUUACAACCGUAAAGAUGGGAAGCCCUUUGAUGAAAUGGAUGAGACCCUCAUGGAGUCUUUGACUCAGUUCCUGGGCUGGUCUGUCUUAAAUCCUGACACCUAUGAGUCCAUGAACAAGCUUGAAAAUAGGAAAGAUAUUUUCCAGGAUAUUGUAAAAUACCACGUGAAGUGUGACAACGAAGAAAUUCAGAAAAUCCUGAAAACCAGAGAGGUUUAUGGGAAGGAGCCAUGGGAGUGUGAGGAAGAGGAGCUGGCGGAGAUCCUGCAAGGAGAACUUCCAGACACAGAGAAAUUUGAAAUUAAUAAAUUCCACUUCAGCGACUUGCCCCUAACGGAACUGGAGCUGGUCAAAUGUGGGAUACAGAUGUACUACGAGCUCAAAGUGGUGGAAAAAUUUCACAUUCCGCAGGAGGCCCUGGUGCGCUUCAUGUACUCGCUGAGCAAGGGCUACCGCAGGAUCACCUACCACAACUGGCGGCACGGCUUCAACGUGGGCCAGACCAUGUUCUCCUUGCUGGUGACAGGGAAGCUGAAGCGAUACUUCACGGACCUGGAGGCCCUGGCCAUGGUGACUGCUGCUUUCUGCCAUGACAUCGACCACAGAGGCACCAACAACCUCUACCAGAUGAAAUCCCAGAACCCACUGGCCAAGCUCCAUGGGUCCUCCAUCUUGGAAAGACACCACCUGGAGUUUGGCAAAACGCUGCUGAGAGAUGAGAGCCUGAAUAUCUUCCAAAACCUCAACCGCCGGCAGCAUGAGCACGCCAUCCACAUGAUGGACAUCGCCAUCAUUGCCACGGACCUCGCCCUCUAUUUCAAGAAGAGGACGAUGUUCCAAAAGAUCGUGGAUCAGUCUAAGACGUACGAGAGCGCGCAGGAGUGGACACAGUACAUGAUGCUGGAGCAGACGCGGAAGGAAAUCGUGAUGGCCAUGAUGAUGACCGCCUGUGAUCUCUCAGCCAUCACCAAGCCUUGGGAGGUGCAGAGCAAGGUAGCUCUGCUGGUUGCUGCUGAAUUCUGGGAACAAGGUGACCUGGAGCGCACGGUGCUGCAACAGAAUCCCAUUCCCAUGAUGGACAGAAACAAGGCGGACGAGCUCCCGAAGCUUCAAGUCGGCUUCAUUGACUUCGUGUGCACCUUCGUCUACAAGGAAUUCUCCCGCUUCCACGAGGAGAUCACCCCCAUGUUGGACGGGAUCACCAACAACCGUAAGGAGUGGAAGGCACUUGCCGACGAGUACGACGCCAAGGUGAAGACGCUGGAGGAGGAGAAGCAGAAACAACAGGCCAAGCAAGGGGCCUCAGGGAACCAGCCCGCGGGGAACCCCAGCCCAGGGGGCGCACCUGCAUCCAAGUCCUGUUGCAUCCAGUAGCUGCUCAGCGAUCCGCUCCCAGAAUGGCUCCAUCCUUUCGUGGGAAGAGAUAAGCCAAGCCAGUGGAAAACCACGCACCUUCUCGAGAGGCAGAGUCGCAGAAUUUGGAAGCUGAUCAAUCUUAUCUAGUGGCUUUAAACCGUCUUCUUAGCCUUGAGCACUGUCUGUGGAGCUAAAACCCACACCCUCACUUUCCCAGACAUCAGUUAGACAUUUAAUUAAUGCCAGUUCCACUUGAUCACUUAGAUUCACUUUUGUUCUUACACUUUCAUUUCAUGUUCUAUUGUAAAAGUGUUCAAUUAUUCAGCAAAGUAGAGAACUGCACAUUGAAGUCCCAUGUACUCAUCACUCAGAUUCCGGUAUCAAGAUCUGGGCACACUCGCUUCACCUGUUUUAUGUUUGACAUUGACAUUGACAUCUAUUUCAAUCUUUCCUUAGCGGGAAGGCUGCAAAGGCAAAUUCCAGCCUCAUGUCCCUACUCCUGCACGACACAUAUUUAAAGGAAGAAGGGUGUUUUCUGACAUAAUCACAUCUUACCACAUGCGCCAGGUACACAGCUGACACUCAGUUAUGUAUGUUGUGAUGAGCCAGGCUCCCCCUUCAGUCCAGGAAUGGGGGCCUAGGAUUCGUGUCUUCUGCAGACAGUCCUCAGCCCAUCUGGGUCUUCUCCAGGACAGCCAUUUCUCCAUCUUAGGCCAACAGAGACGACUCUGCAGGACCAGUAACCCCAGGACUCUGCAAGGAGUCCACCAAGGCUGUGGCUGGACUCACAGCCCAGCUCAACCUCUGCCCCUCUCACUCCUUACCAUGCAACCCACAAUCCUCUUCCAUUUCAGAACUGGCUUUCUGGGGAUCCCACCUUGUGACACCAACAAAAAUGUCUUCAAUAGGUGGUUUGCUUGAAUCCAGUCCAAACAAGUUUCACCCAUAAAAUUUAACUGUUUCUUUGUAGGAAAAAGAAGAUACACUUUUUAGUCUUGGAUUUCCCAUUGAUUUUAAGGACUAUAAAUUUAGGUAAAUUAUUCUCAGGUUGUGAACUUGUUUCAAUUAUCAGGUUUUCUGCUGUUUAAAAACAGAGCUUAUUUCUUUAAAAGCCUGUGCUGGCGAGUCGGCCAUGCCUGUAGGAUGUCACUGGCCUGAUGAGCGUUUACAUCAUAGUAACUGGUGCUAAGAACAACACAACUACACCAAAGUUGAGAGUGACAGUCACCUGCUGAGACAUUUGCAGUAAGUUCCCGUGACAUUUGCCCCAGUGUUAAUUUUCCAUUUUCUCCUGCUGCUUCAGCUUUAUUGAGGCACAGCUGACAAGUACAACCUGUACCUACUUAAGUAUCGAAUGUGGGGGGUUGAUGCACGCAUACAUUGUGAAAUGAUGGCCGCAAUCAAGCGAGUGCACCCCCCACCUUCCAUGGUAACAGUUGCUACGUUUUUAGGUCUCUCUUAACCCACUGCUUCCUUUUUCCCUUUGCAAAUGACUUGUUGCAAAAGCAGGAUCAGUUGCCCCCGUUCUGGAUUUAUGCAUGUCUGUCACAGUGUCUGACACAUUCCACCCUCCUCCAAG